GAAAUGGAACCAUCGGCAAGCCUAGCAUCUAUCUUCUUGUAACAAUGCAUAGCCAUUUAUUAGCUGCUGCUGUCUUAGCAACCUUGCUAGUGUCGGCUGCUACCUCUGACUUUGCCUUCUAUAAGCUCAGUCUCAUAUGGCCAACUUCUGCUUGUAAUACUGGAAUCGAAUGCAAGUCAUCCAUCCCCAAAAUGUUCACCAUCCAUGGUCUAUGGCCAACAUUUGCUGAUGGUACUAGGGUUCCUCCCUAUAAUGGAGUUACAAAUAAAUGCAAUCCCAAUCCUGUAGGUCCAGAGGCUAUUUUGGAGAAAUUGAUGCCCAUCAAAGGAAAAUUAGAGCUAAUGUGGCCAAACCUUAGGUACAAUAAAGAAGACAGUGCUUUUUGGAAAAUUGAAUGGGAACACCAUGGUAUGUGUUCUGAUUAUUAUCAAGAUCCUUAUGGUUAUUUUAACGCUGCCUUAACUCUUGCCGAGACCAGCCAAUACAAUCCAUUAAAAGUUAUGGGAAUUCAACCAGCAGAUAAAACUCUUUAUCAAGUGAAAAAGAUAUUAGACAAUGUGAAGAAGAAGGUGGGAGCAUAUCCUCAAAUUUCAUGCAACAUGAUGCUCAAGGUUGGCACACUUCAGCUGAGGGAGAUCCGUUUCUGUUUUAAAAGGACAAAAAAAUUACCACCUUCUGUCCUUCAAGACUGCCCCAACAAAGUUGAUGAUAGGUGUACUAACCCAGAGACUGAUUAUGUAAGGUUUCCUCCUGCUAGUCCUAUAUUUUCUACUCCCAAUAUCACUUGGGAAUUCGAUUUUAUCUAGUGGGGAAGUUUCAAAUUAUAGUAUAAGAAUAAAGAAACAACUCUGGCUUAGUCUAAUGGUUGUUAAUUAUCCAUCCCAUCCAUCUAUAGGAGGGUUUUAAGGUUUAGGGUUCAAAUCCUCAACAAUCUUCCUCCUAUUGAUAUGCUAUUAGCAAGUAAUAAUUUCGUAAACUGUCACACCCUUAAAGCUAUGUACAUGGCUUUGCUAAUGGUGCUUGGCAUUUGGAGUCAUUCUAUUUGUAUCUUAAGUGUGGUACUUUAAUAAAUCAUGUGUGUGUUAUAUUUGGAGUUUGGAUCUUAUUUUAUUCCAAUUUUAUUUUUAA